ACGAGCCAUAAUUUUCAUCUCAAUUUCACAAUUCACAAGUAAAUCAUAACAACCCCUCAACUCCUCAAAAACCCUUUAAAGUAUGACUUCCUCCAAAUCUCUUCUGUACUUAGUCUUCUUCCUUUCACUACAUUUCUUUAGUGGUUUUUCCACUGAGUUCACUGUUGGUGGCGACGAAGGAUGGGUCAUUCCUAAAGAUGAUCAACUAUACAAUCAAUGGGCUUCAAAAAAUAGGUUCAAGGUUAAUGACACCUUACUGUUUGCGUACAAAAAAGACUCGGUGAUGGCAGUGACUCAAGAAGAGUAUGAGAAGUGCAAGUCUGUGCAUCCAGUGUAUUUCUCCAACAAUGGAAAAUCCAUAUUCAAAUUGGACCGACCCGGCCUGUUUUAUUUCAUUAGUGGAGUAUCGGGCCAUUGUGAAAGGGGCCUAAAAAUGAUUGUCAAAGUAUUGGAACCAGCAAGCCCACCUCAAGUUGCAAGUGAAACUUCUGGGCCUCCUACCAGUGGCGCAACUAAGUCGGCUAAAGUUGUUGUGGUGUUUGUGGUUUCAUUAUUUGGAGUUAUGUUUGUCUAAUUUUGAAAUUAUGGAAAAAAAAAAAAGACAUUGUCUUAUAAUUUAGGUUUAGGUAGUAUGAUGUAAGGUAGGGGUGGGUGUUUUUUUUUUGUGUUUGUUGGAGUGGGGGUGGGGGGAUUAUUUAGGUUUUUAGAAGUUAUUAUCGUCAUUUCUUGGAAUUUAGUUGUUACUUUAUUGUUUGGAAUAAUUAUUUUGUUGAGUAGAAUAGAUAAUUAUUUCUUUCUAUGGCUUUUUUUUUUUUUUCGAACAAUUUAAUUGCCUUGGUUGAUAAAAAUUUUAAUAAAUGGUAAGUGGCUUGCUCUAA